GCAAAACUGCUCGCCAAGUCAUGACUACUACAGAAGCCGGCACGAAAAGAGAGCGUGUCUUCCCAAUAAAUAAAAGUUAUUUAUACUUCAACCUGAACUGCUUGACUGUUUUUGGCAUAUGGAAUCCAUACAAGGAGGGACUAAAGUACUGGUUGUACCGAAUUUACUCCACAUACUUUGUCGGUGUAGUGAUGAUCACGAGAGUGCUGAGCCUAGCAGUCCAAGCAAUGACUGCUGAUAAUGCGUCUCAGUUCCUCCAGGAUUUUUCAUUAUUGGCCGUUGAAACUGCUGACACUCUCAAGGGAAUUGCUUUUCUGAUUCAUCGAGUCGAAGUGCUGGAGUUGUCCAAGACGUUCAACUGGGAGAGACACCUGUCCUCGACAAGACAAAUGACCCAUUAUCGAAACGAGGUACUGACGAAUUCUUUGCAUACGUCGAAGAAGUUCACUACGACCAUCAUCAUCGCUCUGAUCCAGUACUUCACAUUGCACUUUUACAGGACUCUGUGCCAAUCCGACCAUAAAGUCGAGAAUUUGCCCAUCGGGUCUAUACCAUUGAGAUAUUUUUUCAUACUGAGUAAUUUCUGGGUGGCCUUCAUAUGUGAUUACGUAACAUUCACAUCCCUUGGACUUGUCGCCGUUUGUCAUGACUCCUUCAUCAUGUCAGUGAUGAUAAACAUAACAGCCCAGCUGAGGCUUCUGAAUUUUCGGCUAGAAAAAUGUCACAUGGCGACAAUUACAAUCAGAAGUGGAGAUGCCAAUGAGACGAGCUCGAGGAUUCAUUUCGAAUGUGUUGAGAAGGAAAUGAGUGGUGAAUCUCUAGUUCUUGAUCCGAAUGAAGAACUCGUUAAUUGCAUCAAGUGUCAUCAGCAAAUUGUGAGGAUGGUGAACAUCUUCAAACAUAUGUAUAACAAAGUUCUUCUACCUCAGUUAUUCAACAGCUUGUUACUGAUCACUAUAUCCGGGUUACAAAUGAUUCUGGGUCAGCAGGGGAAUCUCACCGAUUCCCUCGUCGCCUGUGGCUUCUUGAUUCCGGUAAUACUCCAAUUACUGGCAUUCUGCUGGGGUGGUAAUUUCAUCCUUGUCGAGAGUGAUAAAACAAGUUAUUCACUUUACGCAGCGCACUGGUACAAUAACGACAAGAUAUUUCAGAAUAAUCUGAAGAUAUUCCUCGGGGCUGUUAGAAAUCCCCUGAUAGUGAGUGCAGGUGGACUGGUGGAUCUGACUGCUGAAACAUUCAAAAACAUUCUCACGAAAGCCUACUCGGGAGUUGCAGUGCUGAAGAAUGUCAAUGAUUAAUCAAUAACGAAAUACUAAUUAGUCAACUCACCUCUGGUCUAACUGUAUCAUUUUAACAGGAAGAUGAUUGCUGAGUGCACGAGUC